UAGUCUAAGCCCCUCCCCAAGCCCUCUUACGUGAAGGCCAGCCUUCUAUCAUCAUCAACAAUCAACAUGGCCGACUUGGUAGCGGUGGCUCGGGCCCGCUUGAUCGACGAAGCGAUUUCGUCAGUUCUCACUGAAGUCGAAGGAAUUUCGGAGCUUAAACGCGAACAGAGAGAUGCUUUGCAAGCUUUUGUCGGCGGGGAAGACGUUCUGGCAUUGUUGCCUACCGGGUUCGGGAAGAGUCUUAUAUAUCAACUCGUGCCUCGCGUGUGCAAGAAGUUGGCGCUGGGCAGUUCUAUGUUCCACGGCGUGGAGAAACCCAUUGUCAUUGUUGUCUCCCCACUGGUCGCAUUAAUGGAGGACCAGGUGAAAGAGGCCCCGAAAUUCGGUGUUUCGGCCGCGCAACUGGGCAGAAACGACGAGGAGAUUUUGAGUGGAAAUGUCGAGCUCGUUUUCGGCGGCCCAGAGAGCUGGCUUCUAAACGACAAGUGGAGGAGCAUGCUGGCGUCUCCCCGGUACAGACAGAACAUCGUGGGCAUAGUUGUGGAUGAAGUUCACGUGACGUACAAAUGGAAGUCGCCUGAGUCAUCAAAACACGGCGGUCUGGGCUUCGCUAACUAA